GGAUGACAUACAACAAUUCAUCUUGAUUGAAGACCUGACUGAUGAAAUCAAGUACCCUUGUGUUUUGGAUUUGAAAAUGGGAACACGACAACAUGGUGUAUAUGCAACGACAGCAAAGAAGAUCAGUCAAACACGAAAAUGUGCACAAUCAACAAGUCAGCAACUGGGUGUCCGGAUUUCUGGUAUGCAGGUGUACAAUAUGCAUGAACGACGAUUCUUAUUUGAAGAUAAAUACAAGGGACGUGCACUGACACCUCGUUCGUUCAGAGAUACUUUGGUUCGCUACUUUGAUAAUGGAGAAGGUUGUCAUAUUGUACAUCUUCCAACAUUGAUUCGCAAGCUGGCUCUGAUUCAUCGGAUCAUCAAGACAAUGGAUUAUUAUCGAUUUUACGCCUCCUCACUCCUGAUUAUCUAUGAUGCUUUGGACACAACAAGAAAACGACGCAUUGAUGUACGGUUGAUUGAUUUUGCAAAAUCAGUAACGAAACAAGAAUGGCUAUCUCAACAUCAUCUCUUUACUUAUCCUCCCGAUGAAACCAAUGGUACGAAUGAAGGUGGUCCUGAUCAAGGUUAUUUACUAGGUGUGCAAUCUUUGAUGGCUUGUUUUUUAUGGAUUUAUCUUCAACAUGGUGGCAAAAGGGAAGAUUUGGCCGAUAUGGACGAUGGACUUUUGGCUUCCGUGACUGAUCAUGCUUCUUGGUUAACUGAUGAUGGCACUUUUGUAUUUUGAUAGUAUAGAUGUAGAUAGGUAGAAAACACACACACACACCAAAGUAGAUUCAUCUUUGUUUAUAGUUAUUUUCCUUCCCCCUUAUUUGAUACUCCCUUCUUUUAUAUAUAUAUAUUUUACUUGUAUAUUUAUUUAUUCACCUUUUAUUAUUUCUUCUUUGUUUUCUCAUCUCUAUCACCUUAUCCCUAUCUUGUCUUCUUUUUUUUUCCCAU